UCACAUGACUGUGCAGCGGAAGCCCUGCGUCAUCAUACCAAUAUGGCGUCGUGCUGAGCUUGUAAAUCAGAAACAAAACUGUAAGUCGGUCGGCUGCACGGUUCGAUUCAAGUCUCUCCACUGCAGUACAAACAUGUUCACGCAAGAGGUUAGGUAAAGACAGCCCGAAACAUCUCGACAUCCCAAAACGAACCCGACAGCGUCCACAGAAGAACUUUGAGGACGCCUCCGACUUCGCUUUGCAUUUUCCAGUGAUGUCACAAGCAGAUGCAGACAUCACGCCCUUCUUCGCUGAUGAUAAUGAAGGGGAGGGGCCUGUUGAAAAUGGGGUGGGGUCACCUCUACCUGAGGACGAGGAGUCUCCCAGCGGAGUCACCGACAGGAGAGCCAUAAUGACUGUGAUUGUGCUCUGCUACAUCAACCUGCUGAACUAUAUGGACAGAUUCACUGUGGCAGGUGUACUUCCAGACAUUGAACAUUUCUUCGGCAUUGGUGAUGGAACGUCAGGGCUGCUUCAAACAGUCUUCAUCUGCAGCUACAUGUUCUUGGCUCCUCUAUUCGGAUACCUGGGUGACCGGUAUAAUAGGAAGCUGAUCAUGUGUGUGGGGAUUUUCUUCUGGUCUGUGGUAACACUUGCCAGCUCAUUUAUCGGGAAAGAUCACUUCUGGGCACUGCUGUUGACACGAGGGCUAGUGGGUGUUGGAGAGGCCAGUUAUUCCACCAUUGCUCCCACCAUCAUCGCUGACCUCUUUGUCAAGGAAAAGAGGACUAACAUGCUGUCUAUAUUUUAUUUUGCCAUCCCAGUGGGCAGUGGUAUGGGUUAUAUCGUGGGCUCAAAGGUGGAUACUGUGGCUAAAGAUUGGCAUUGGGCACUUCGGGUGACCCCUGGGCUGGGACUGCUGGCCGUGUUCCUCUUAAUGCUUGUGGUUCAGGAACCGAAGCGUGGUGCGAUUGAAGCUCACCCCGAGCACACGCUGCACAGAACCAGCUGGCUGGCAGACAUGAAAGCACUUUGCAGGAAUCCAAGUUUUAUUCUGUCCACGUUCGGCUUCACGGCAGUGGCCUUUGUGACGGGAUCACUGGCCCUGUGGGCUCCUGCCUUUUUAUUUAGAGCCGGCGUCUUCACCGGAGUCAAGCAGCCGUGUUUUAAAGCUCCAUGUGAUGACUCUGACAGUCUGAUUUUUGGCGCCAUCACUGUAGUAACGGGCAUCUUGGGUGUAGCGAGCGGUGUUCAGGCCAGUAAACUGCUGAGGACCAGAACUCCUCGAGCUGACCCGCUAGUGUGUGCAGCUGGACUCCUCCUCGCGGCUCCCUUUCUCUAUCUCUCCAUCAUGUUUGCUCAGGCGAGCACUGUGGCCACAUAUGUCUUUAUCUUCCUGGGAGAGACAUUCCUUUCAAUGAAUUGGGCCAUUGUUGCUGAUAUCCUACUGUAUGUUGUGAUCCCGACACGUCGCUCCACAGCAGAGGCCUUUCAGAUUGUCCUUUCACACUUGCUGGGUGACGCUAUUAGUCCGUAUCUCAUAGGAGUGGUUUCAGACUCAAUAAAAGAAUCAAAUUCGUACAUGUGGGAGUUUCGCUCACUUCAGAUGUCUCUGCUGCUGUGCUCUUUCGUGGCCGUCGCUGGAGGCGCUUUCUUCUUGGCCACAGCCGUCUUUAUUGAGAAAGACCGAGAUCUCGCUGAGAACUAUGUGCCCUCUGAUGACGCACCAAUUGUUGUUCCAAGGAGCGGCAGAUCCACUAAAGUAUCAGUGUCGAGUGUUUUAAUUUGAGAUGAUGCAAAAGAGUGGAUGGCUCUUGACAUGCAGGGAACAGCACUCUGAUUGGCUAAGGCAGACAGAGGCAGUGUCAUCAGCAGCCAAUCCUGGAGCAGUAUCAAACAAGUAAUGACUGGACUAUCUCCUCAAUAGGAAAUUUUAUAGUAAUUUAUUAAGCUUUUUUUGUUUUGUUUAUAUCCUUAACACCUUGAUUUGGGAACAUUUCUAACUAACAAGAAAAUCAGAAACCUCUUACCUGAAAACCCUAGUGUGCCGCUGGACCACUUUGUUGUUUCACCUGGAGGAGACAGAAGCACAAGGGUAAAACAAGACAACCGGGGACAUUUAUUUGCCUUUAAUUAAAACUGUGUUUUAGACUUCAAGUCGCAUUUUACGUUUUUUUUAUCAGAAGGGAUGUGAACUAAAUCUUUAAAUUGCUAUUUAUGGGUUCAUUCAUAGGUCAGCUCACUCAUGACCAAACAAACUGCUGUUUCAUUUGCUCUCAUCAAAAACGGACAAUGACUUAAAAACUAUUUGGUCGGUCUUUCCUCUUGUUUUAUGUCAUCUCUUUCAUACUACCAUUGAGCUUUUACGGUCUUUUUGUAAGGAUAACACAAACACUAAUGCUACCAUGGCAUGAUUCAGAUAUUAAUUCAUGUUUUUUUAAAUAACAUUUAUAAUCUCAUUUGUUGCAAUGGCCUGGUUCAUGGCAUGCCAUUUUAUUUGUCUGAAACUGUAAUUAUUGUUUAGUUUGUUUUUAAAUGAAGACAGUUUCUUGUGCAUUCCCUCUGCUAUGGUUGUUUUCCAGGCGAUACUUUUCAGAUAAUUUGCAAACUUGCAACUCGUUAAUCUUGUUUUGUAACCUUUUUUGUUUUUUAAUAUUAAAUGAGAAAUUUAAUCUGA